AUGGCAAUAACAGCGAAUUUCAAUGGAGUAUUUGAAGCUCUGUCUAACAUUCCCAAGUUACACCGGGUCGAGAAAAUGCCAAAGAAAUCAACAAUUACAUGCUUUCUUAGCAGGAAAAAGGAUGAAGUUGAAGACAACAAAGUGAAUACUACAAGAAGAUUGGCAAUAGGCCUUGCUUCAAUAGCACUCUUUGGAAAUACAAGCAUUGGAAAUUCUCUUGCAGAGGACAAUGGAUUUUGGCUCACAGGACCUUUACCUGUACCCUCUGUUAACAAUAAAAUUGACAAUGAAGAGACAGGAACUCGUUCUUUUCUCAAGAAAAGAAUCUAUAUAGCUAAUAUUGGAACUAAAGGGAGAAUGUACAGAUUGAAAAAAUAUGCUUUCGAUCUCAUAGCAUUGGGAGAUAUGAUAGGACAAGAUACUUGGAAUUACAUAAGAAAGUAUCUGUGCCUUAAGUCGACAUUUAUGUACUACGAUUUUGAUGAAGUGAUCUCCGCAGCAGCAGUAGAUGAUAAGAAAUCUCUUACGGAACUUGCCAAUCGGUUGUUCAACAACGUUGAAAAGCUUGAAAAUGCAGUGAAAAGGCAGAAUCUUCCUCAAACAGUGUCAUAUUAUGCAGAUACAACAUCAAUUCUCCAAGAGGUCAUGAAUCGAAUGGCAUAA